UUCUUAAUUCAUCAAGAACGACUUCUUGGUGCUUUAGGACUUUUCGCCGCUCUUGUUAAUAUAGAUGAAAUUAUCAUGGCAGGAGAAUUUUGGGUUUAUGAAAAAGGAUCAGAUGAUUCACCAAAGAAAUUAGAAAGUAAUGAGUCUAGCAGUUCGGUUAAAAGAGAAGCGGCCAACGAAAAAGCGUCGGGAAAAACAACUGCAAUUUAUUUUAUACAACCACGUGAUUUUAAACAACGUCAAAAUAAUGAAGAUAAUAAAGAUAAUGACAAAGGAGAGAAUAAUGAAAAUAAUGACAAAGGAGAAAAUAAUGAAAAUGAAAUGAAUAGUAAGAAUCAACAAAUUGGAAGGAAGGUAAAGAGGUUAUCAGAACUCAAAAAUAUCUACGAUAAAGGAUUGUGGAAUAACAUUCGUGAAGUUCUAUUUCCUCCUCCUUUGAAUGGAUAA